AUGCAGCGGCUGCAUCUUCUCUGCUUCAGUCUCCUGGUGCUGGGACAUAUCCUGGAUGUGCACGGCGGGAACAACGUUCUUGACUGCUGCCUGCGGACGAGCGAGAUGCCCAUCCCACGGCGGAUAGUGCAGGAUUACCGGCUCCAGCUGGUGCAGGAUGGCUGCAACAUCCCAGCUGCUGUGUUCAUCACCACAAAGGGCAAGCGCCUCUGUGCCCCUCUCCAAGCCCCAUGGGUGGUUCGCCUCCAAGAGAAGCUGGAUGCCAGCUCUGCCAGGAAG